UUGAAUCUGACUCGCAGCACUUCGUCCAUCCUUGAAAGUUUAAAAAAGUCCUCCAACUUGUUCUUGCAUGUCGUCUCCUUCAUUGGGUUCUUCGGCUCGCUUUUUGCUGUGCUUGGUGUCCGCUUUUUUCAAAACUCUUUAAAACGUCAGUGUAUAUACCUUGGCCCCGAUAACUCUCAAAGGAUCGCUACCGGUCAGUUGUGCGGAGGCUAUUGGAGCAAUGGCGAGAAACAAUCACAUCUUCUCGAAAGCGGCCUGUCUUCCAAUAGCAAGGUGCGUGGGUACAUAUGUCCUGAAUACAGCGUGUGUCAGGAAUACGAAAAUCCAAACAGCGGCACUAUCAGCUUCGAUAAUUUCUUGCAUUCCCUUGAACUCAUUUUUGUUAUCAUGAGUUCCAACACCUUUACCGAUAUUAUGUACGACGUGAUGGAAGCCGACUACUUUGUCUCGUGUUUGUUUUUCGUCUGCGCUACGUUUCUUCUUACCUUCUGGCUCAUGUAUCUCGUCGUUGCCGUUGUGACCACUUCAUUUAUGAUCUUGCGCAGUCCAGCUCAGUCGACCAACGAACAUGGUGUUUUUGAUAAUUUUUUUCGAACCCCUCGAAUUAAAUACAAUGCUUGUCGCGUUUAUUUAAUGUGGUCUGAAUUUUUUUGGGUCGGCCUGAUUGUAGUUCACAAUAUUGUUUAUGCUACACGUGGUUAUUCAACCGAGAAGAAUCUGCACGCAUACUAUGUGUUUGAUUUCGUGGUGUUCAUGCUGCUGAUACUCGAGGUCAUUAUUCGUUUCUUCGUCACCUUGCCUUACUGGCGAGAUUUUUUCCGCAGCAAGCGCAACUUGAUUGAUGUUGUCCUUGCUAUGGCAAACACUGUUAUGUUAUUGCCCAAAAACUGGAAGAGUGGUAUAUAUCAAGUCUUUUCUUCAGAAAAUUGGACGGAGAUAAUGUACGCGUUGCAGGCGAGUAUGAAAGAUACUCAUCUUGGUUGGAUUCCAGUGGUUUUUUUUACGGCUUGGUUCAUCUUUUCAAACAAUAUUGUUUUGAGUAUGUUCGUUGGUAUUAUUUCACAGAACUUUGGUUGUUCAGAGAACUUAAAAUUGCGACAACUCAAAAUGUAUAUGGCACGGUUGUUGAGAAACCACAAUCCUUUCCAGGCAUCGCUUACGCUGAAAGCAUUGCUGAAGACAAGCGUCAGUCGAUCGGCAAAAGAAGGUGAGACCGAUGUUAAUUGGGUUGCUAAAGAAAAUGUGAUUCAUGGCUUCUUGCAUGAGACGGCAUCCAUGAAUGAUCACGACUCAUUGAAAACGACGUCUACCGUGAACUCUAGCUCAUCGCCAUGGGUUAAAAUCACUGCUUGGUUUACACAGAUUAAGGAGAUGCUGUUUAAAGAUGAUCCUUUUUCUCAAUCUUAUUUCAAGAAAGUCAUUGGAUAUAGAUGGGAAAAGGACAUGAAUUUGCGUACAGCGACAAAGGAUAUGGCAGCCGCUAAUGCCUUCAUUCGUAUUAAGCAGACUGAGUUUCUGAAAAACAAUCCGAGUUACAAUGAUGUCCUUUGGUUAUACAAACCCAGAAAUAAGCUGCGUAGGUUCUGUCAGCGUCUUGUGGAGCCGGGUGCUAACACACGUUAUGACGGUGUUGACCCAAAUCCAUGGGUUUACCGUAUUUUUCAAGGUAUUAUUUACGCAUGUAUUAUUUCUGAUGUUGUUAUUGCAUGUAUUACAACCCCCAUUUAUGAGAGUGAGUACUAUGCGAAAAAGGAUGUUAAGAUUGCAUGGUUUGUCUGGACAGAAAUUGCUUUCGCCAUAGUCUUCUCCUUAGAGGCUGCAAUAAAAAUCACUGCAGAUGGAUUUUCACAUACACCAAAUGCGUAUUUGAGAAACACCUGGAACUGUAUCGAUCUUUUCGUUCUGUUAACUUUGUGGAUUAAUCUCUUUGCAACAUUGACAAAUCGGGGAGCUCUCUCCCGCGCUUUUCGGGCGUUUAAGGCCUUGCGUGUUUUACGACUCGUAAACUUAACACCAACAUCGCAACAGACUUUUCAUGACGUUUUGAUUAGUGGUUUUGUGAAAAUUGCAACUGCAGCUCUGGUUUCCGUGAGUCUUCUUGUACCGUUCGCCUUAUGGGCCAAAGGUAUCUUCGGUGGUUUGCUGUACUCCUGUACUGACGGAGAUGUUAUGAAUAAGGGCGAUUGCAUAAAUGAGUUUACUUCAUCUCCUAGCGAAUGGACUAUUUUGGCCCCCCUAAUGAAUAUAUCUGGAGCUGAUUCGCAACCAAAAGCCAAUGCUCAACCUGGAAAUGCAAUGUUCUUUGUUGUGUUUAACUUGAUCUCGACAAUUUAUAUUUUGACCCUGUUCAUUGCUAUCAUCAUUAACAAUUACACAGAACGUACUGGUUCUGCAUACUACACUCCAGAGCAAAGGGCAUGGCUUGAAAUGAAAAGGCUCAUUAGCCAGACGAAACCUACAACACGACCGCUGAUCCGGCCGGACGGUAUACGUGGUUACUGUUAUGACUUCUCGGUUGACAAACAUGGUAAAUGGAGACAUUGCUUCACAGCCAUAUAUCUUUUCCAUUUCUUCAUGCUAAUGACCAUUUUUUAUCCAUCUCCAAUCAGUUUUACAUACGUUCGGAAUGCAAUAUUUCUUGUUCUGUCAUUCCUCUAUGUUGUAAACAUAGUUGUUAAAGUCGUCGGUCUAUCAUUCUAUCAUUAUGUCAGCAGCCUAUGGAAUUUGUUCGACGUUCUUAUUACCUGUGGUAAUAUUGCCUGCAACAUUGCUGUUAUGUUUCGCUACUCGGAUAAAUCUAUUCUUCAGUUGCAAACGAUUAUGUUGGUUGCCGUAACAUUCCAUUUAAUUCCUCGGUUUGAUAGCUUCGAUCAGUUGUUUAAAACUGUUGUUGCAGGUCUUCCAUCAAUACUUUCUCUUAUUUCAACCUGGUUUGUGUUGUUCAUUACGUUUGCUAUUGCUUUCAACCAAAUUUUUGGUUUGACUAGAAUUGGAGAAAAUGGAGGCGUUAAUAAAAACUUCCGAAAUAUCCGCAACUCGUUAGUUUUGUUAUUCAUUAUGACAUGUGGUGAAGGUUGGAAUAGCAUCAUGCACGAUUACACAGUUUCAUUCCCUAAUUGUGUGAAUGCAUCAGAUUUCUAUGCCUCGGAUUGCGGUAGCAAGCCUUGGUCCUACACGCUUUUUAUUUCUUGGAAUGUUCUGUCGAUGUACAUCUUCGUAAAUAUGUUCAUUACUGUUGUGUAUGAAAACUUCUCAUAUGUCUACAGUCAUUCUUCAAAGAUUAAGGAUUUGAAACGCUCGGAUAUUCGUGAGUUUAAGGAUAAAUGGGCACCUUAUGACACAAAGGUAACAGGACUCAUGCAUAAGCGUCAUGUUGGAAAGUUCCUUUCAUCGUUGCGGGGUGCCUUUGAAUGCAGAAUUUACAGAAAUGAGCACACUGUCCGAAACUUGCUUUUGCAAGCAGAACUUCCUAAGUUAAACACUGCAUUUUCAAAUGUGGAUGAUGAUACUGUGGAUCGGUAUGACUACAAGAAGUUAUUUGAGUUGAUCUCAACAAUCGACAAAAACACUAUAGCGAAGAGGAGGAACGUGUACAAUGCUCUAUACACAGAAAUUAUGAGGCUUCCUGGUGAGUACGUUGGCUUUACUGACAUGUUUAUGUUGGUUGUUCUACACGUUGUAGUAGAUCAUAAGCAAGCUCUUACUAUUGGUGAUUUCCUCCGAAGGGCGUAUGUUCUUGUGAAGCUUGACGAAGCAAUAAGCCUGGAAAAACUCACCAAUAUUAUUAAGACUAUCAAAUGUCGACAAGCAUUUUUGGAAUACUUGGAGUCUGUUCGUCGUGUUCGUUUGAACCCCUUCCUCUCAAGUGAGGAUGUUGCCGCCAUGCCUUCUGAUCCUAAUGGCCUGAAUGCUGAAAGUCGCCAACGCAUUUACGAUGCUGAUAGUAUUAUUUCGAACAGCAUGGUCUCACUUCCGCUAACAGAGCACUCUCAAUAUUCGUCAAUUUCACUCAACGAUCCUGCUGGAGGGUCUGAACUUCUCGAAGCGGAUCAAUAUGAAGCCCAACGGAAACCAAGCUCUACAUUCUUGACUGUUCCUGGCGAGACAGCUAGUCGGAGACCAUCCAUUUCAACUGCUAUCCUUCGCGGCAGUUCACGUCGCCAAUCACAAACGAGUGCAGAAAUUGAAGCGUCAUUCGGUGAAGCCGGCUUUGGAGCAGACACGAAUUUGGACGUUUCAAGAAGUACGGAGACCAUUUCGCGUAUGGUGCAUCGCAUUGAUGAUUACUUGGAUAAGACGUAA